GAGAGGCGGCACUUGGGCUGCAGCUCGCUACCAGAGGCAGUCUCGCUCAACUCUCGGAGGGACGGAGGGAGGUAGCCACGGAGUAGGAUGCUCUGCGGGGUGCCCUGAACCCGGGGGCGCGUGAAGCAGCUUCACGGGCUGGGGCAACCGGACAGCUUUCACCAUGCACCAGUCCCUGACUCAGCAGCGGUCCAGCGAUAUGUGCCUGCCCGAUUCCAUGGCCACCUGUUUCCACGGAUGCUCGAGACUGGGACUUCCUGGGACCCUCCCUGUAUGGCAAAGCAGACUCAGUCUGGGCAGCUUCUCUCCGCAGCUGCUUCCUGAUGCUGCAGAGCCUUCAAUCGAAGGAAACUCCAUCUAUGUUACUGUGACUUUGCUUAUUGUGUCCGUGUUAAUUCUCACGGUGGGCCUUGCUGCAACCACCAGGACCCAGAAUGUGACUGUCAGAGGUUAUUACCCAGGAGUUAUUCUUGGCUUUGGAUCAUUCCUUGGAAUCAUCGGAUCAAACCUUGUUGAGAACAAACAACAGAUGCUGGUGGCUUCUAUCGUCUUUAUAAGCUUCGGUGUGAUUGCUGCUUUUUGUUGUGCUAUAGUCCAUGGAGUCUUUGCUGCCAGACAUAUUGAUCUGAAACCACUCUACGCUAACCGGUGCCACUAUGUCCCCAAGACAUCCCAGAAAGAAGCUGAGGAGGUCAGAAGUUCCUCAACCAAAAAUUCUCCUUCCACGAGGGUUAUGAGGAACCUUACCCAGGCAGCUAGAGAGGUGAACUGCCCUCACCUCAGCUGUGGAUUCUGCACUCCUCGCAUCAGGGGCAACACCUGCUUUUGCUGUGACCUCUACAACUGUGGCAAUUGGGUGGAGAUCACCGGUGGCUACUAUGAAUACAUCGAUGUCAGCAGCUGCCAGGACAUUAUCCACCUCUAUCACCUGCUCUGGUCUGCCACCAUCCUCAACAUUGUUGGCAUGUUUCUGGGCAUCAACACUGCUGCUGUCCUUGGAGGCUUUAAGGACAUGAACUCAGCUCUCCCAGCACUGAACUGUUCUGUUGAAAAUGCCCAUCCAACUGUUUCUUACUAUGCUCGUCCCCAAGUGGCAUCCUACAAUACCUGCUACCAUAGUCCUCCUCACCUGCCAUACAUGAUUUUCAGGUAUCAACAUUCCAGUGUCUUUCCAUCCUCUCCUCCCUCUGGACUUUCUGAUGAACCUCAGUCGGCCUCUCCCUCACCCAGCUACAUGUGGUCCUCAAGUGCUCCACCCCAUUACUCUCCACCCUACUAUCCACCUUUUGAAAAACCACCACCUUACAGUCCCUAAAGAGGAAUGCCUGCUGGCUAUUGAGAUUAUUGUAGCUUUUGUAUUUCUACUUUAGUGGAAGUGUGUAGGGUACGAAAUUUAAAGUGUGAUUAUUAUGCAUAGUUUUGUUUUAC